AUGUCUAAGGUGAGUGGCGGGAUUUCGAAUGUGGCAGAUGAGACGGGAGAGCAGUGUGUUGCGAGUUUCGUUCAAGGCAGGGAAAGGGAAGGAGCCCAGAUGUUGGCGGGCAAGAUCUGCGGACAGAAUAGAGAAUGGAACGGACAUCCAAGUCAGGAGCUCAAGGCAGGAACUAGAGGCAGCAUAAGUGAUUCGGUCUCGAAAGGGCUGAGCAAAGAUAUCAGUGGCCAAGCUCUUCGUCAGCUGAUUCUCCGUUCAGCCACCCUUUCGGGCUCAUCUGUGGAGAACUAUGAAGUUGCAGACGAGCAGCAGCAAAUUGAAGAGAUCCUCAUCGGUUUAUGCAAAACGUUUGGUAAACAUAUUGCCCAUUUGCGACUUCAUCUUUCAAAGCGUUUGAGGCUUUUCAUGUAG